UCUUAGCUGUUUCCAUAGCUUAGCUAUUGUGAAUAGUGCUGCAAUAAACAUAGCUGUGCAGGGGCCUUUGUAGUAACUUUUCUCACAUUCCCUCAGGUAUAUCCUUAGGAGUGGUAUUGCUGGAUCCUGUGGCAGAUCUAUUUUUAGUUUUUUGAGGAGCUUCCAUAUUGCUCAAUAGUUCCAACUCUGGUUGGUCAGCUUCUCCCCCAGCAAGGUGGGCCAAUUUGGUUUUGUGCACCACCUCCAGACCUGGGAGAUUAGUUUAGCUAUCUGCCAUGCCCCCACUAGGAGGUUGGCUUAUGCUCCACACUCACUCCCUGAGUUUGGCUCCUUGCCCCACCCCUGUUCUCCAAGGUUGGUUCACUGUUCCACCCACCCCUGCUGUCAGUGGUAGAUUACAAUUUAGGUUUAUAUCAGAGGGAUGCAAUGUGCCCAUAAACUGUGCUGGAUUACGUUCAGGGGCAGGGAGGGGGAUAUGCAUGGUGUGUGGUGCUUACCCAUUGGGCUUGCAGAUUUAUGCAGGCAGCUUUGAAACUGGCUGGAAGGAGAAAUGGCCAGUGGCUUUUCUCAAGGCAGAUGCUUACUGGGACUGGGUUCAGCCCAGUGGGGCAUAAGUAGGCUUUCCACAGAAACAUGAUCAGGGGCAAGUUCUGUUGGAUAUAGUUUUCAAGCAUCUUGAUUUGACUGAGCGAGACUACUUUGGUUUACAGCUGACUGAUGAUUCUACAGAUAACCCAGUACCAGUAUUUUUUGCAAAUUAAACAAGACAUUCUGACUGGAAGAUUGCCUUGUCCUUCUAAUACUGCUGCCCUUUUAGCUUCAUUUGCUGUUCAAUCUGAACUUGGCGACUACAAUCAAUCAGAAAAUUUGCCAGGCUACCUCUCAGAUUAUUCUUUCAUUCCUAGUCAACCUCAAGAGUUUGAAAAGGAAGUUGCAAAAUUACAUCAGCAACAUAUAGGCUCAUCUCCUGCAGAAGCAGAAUUUAAUUACCUGAACACAGCACGUACCUUAGAACUCUAUGGAGUUGAAUUCCACUAUGCAAGGGAUCAAAGUAACAAUGAAAUUAUGAUUGGAGUGAUGUCAGGAGGAAUUCUGAUUUAUAAGAACAGGGUACGAAUGAAUACCUUUCCAUGGUUGAAAAUUGUAAAAAUUUCUUUUAAAUGCAAGCAGUUUUUUAUUCAACUUAGAAAAGAAUUGCACGAAUCUAGAGAAACAUUAUUGGGAUUUAAUAUGGUGAAUUACAGAGCAUGUAAAAAUUUGUGGAAAGCAUGUGUAGAACAUCACACAUUCUUCCGUUUGGACAGACCACUUUCACCUCAAAAGAAUUUUUUUGCACACUAUUUUACAUUAGGUUCAAAAUUCCGGUACUGUGGAAGAACCGAAGUCCAGUCAGUUCAAUAUGGCAAAGAAAAGGCAAAUAAAGACAGGGUAUUUGCAAGAUCCCCAAGUAAGCCUUUGGCACGGAAAUUAAUGGAUUGGGAAGUAGUAAGCAGAAAUUCAGUAUCUGAUGACAGGCUAGAAACACAAAGCCUUCCAUCUCGGUCUCCACCUGGAACUCCUAAUCAUCGAAACUCAGCAUUUACACAAGAGGGUACCCGAGUACGACCAUCUUCAGUUGGUCAUUUGGUAGACCAUGUGGUUCACACUUCUGCCAGUGAAGUUUUGGUGAAUCAGAGAUCUCCAUCAUCAACACAAGCUAAUAGCAUUGUUCUGGAAUCAUCACCGUCACAAGAGACCCCUGAAGAUGGGCAUCCUCCAGCAUUACCACCCAAACAAUCUAAGAAAAACAGUUGGAACCAAAUUCAUUAUUCAUAUUCUCAACAAGAUCUGGAAAACCAUACUAAUGAAACAUUUGAUGUUCCAUCUUCCCCUGAAAAGUCUACUCCUAAUGGUGGUAUUCCACAUGAUAAUCUUGUUCUAAUCAGAAUGAAACCUGAUGAAAAUGGAAGGUUUGGAUUCAAUGUAAAGGGAGGAUAUGAUCAGAAGAUGCCUGUGAUUGUGUCCCGAGUAGCACCAGGAACACCUGCUGACCUUUGUGUCCCUCGAUUAAAUGAAGGGGACCAAGUUGUACUGAUUAAUGGUCGGGACAUUGCAGAACAUACCCAUGAUCAAGUUGUCCUGUUUAUCAAAGCUAGCUGUGAGAGACAUUCUGGGGAACUUGUGCUUCUAGUUCGACCUAAUGCUGUAUAUGAUGUAGUGGAAGAAAAGCUAGAAAAUGAGCCAGACUUCCAGUACAUUCCUGAGAAAGCCCCAGUAGAUAGUGUGCAUCAAGAUGACCAUUCCCUGCGGGAAUCGAUGAUCCAGUUAGCUGAGGGGCUUAUCACUGGAACAGUCCUGACACAAUUUGAUCAACUAUAUCGGAAAAAACCUGGAAUGACGAUGUCUUGUGCCAAAUUACCUCAGAACAUUUCCAAAAAUAGAUACAGAGAUAUUUCGCCUUAUGAUGCUACACGGGUCAUUUUAAAAGGUAAUGAAGACUACAUCAAUGCAAACUAUAUAAAUAUGGAAAUUCCUUCUUCAAGCAUUAUAAAUCAAUACAUUGCUUGUCAAGGGCCAUUACCACACACUUGUACAGAUUUUUGGCAAAUGACUUGGGAACAAGGCUCCUCCAUGGUUGUAAUGUUGACCACACAAGUUGAACGUGGCAGAGUUAAAUGUCACCAGUAUUGGCCAGAACCCACAGGAAGCUCAUCCUAUGGAUGCUAUCAAGUCACCUGUCACUCUGAGGAAGGAAACCCUGCGUAUACCUUUAGGAAGAUGACACUGUUUAACCAAGAGAAAAAUGAGAGUCGUCAACUCACUCAGAUCCAGUACACAGCCUGGCCUGACCAUGGAGUCCCUGACGAUUCAAGUGACUUUCUGGAUUUUGUUUGUCAUGUACGUAACAAGAGGGCUGGAAAGGAAGAACCUAUUGUUGUUCAUUGCAGUGCUGGGAUUGGAAGGACUGGGGUUCUUAUUACUAUGGAAACAGCCAUGUGUCUCAUUGAAUGCAAUCAGCCAGUUUAUCCACUAGACAUAGUCAGAACAAUGAGAGAUCAACGAGCCAUGAUGAUCCAAACACCUAGUCAAUACAGAUUUGUAUGUGAAGCUAUUUUGAAAGUUUAUGAAGAAGGCUUUGUUAAACCAUUAACUACAUCAUCAAAUAAAUAAGAAAAUAAAAAGUCUUAGGAAAUGUGUUGGAAAACUGCUUUUCGUCUAAUCACAGUGCCAUAAUACUGCUUGCAGAAAAUGGCAUCUCACAAAAGAAUGAAGAACUCAAAAAAACUUUGAAAACUUCAGCACUGUUGCACUUUAUGCUUAAAAAAGAGUCACUCUUUCGAAAUCUCUAACUCAUAUGUUUGAAGACUAUUUCAUGCUUUGCUCCGAACAAAUAGUGAAUAACUGAGUAUGUUCAGGGUAAUUUAUGAAAAUUUGUGGUGGUGCCAUGCAGUUCCUUUCUGGUAAAAUUGCCACAAACAAGGCUCAGAAUUCUCCUCAUCUCUGUUAUACACCUGUAUCUUGGAAGCAAAAAGAAGUAAAUAUGAGGAGUCAGCUCUGAUCUUUCCCAGUGGUUCAUGUACUGACUGUACUGAUUACCAGGUUUUAUUUCUUAAAUUUUAGCAAUAUCAUUCUCAGUAUUAGCCAAUACACUGCCUAUGGAUGCAGCACAUCUUUCCCUACACUCCCUCUAAAGACCUGCUGUUCAGAAGAAAGGUGGGAUAUACUAUUCCCAGGAAAUGCUGCACAUUGUCCAUUUACCAGCAUCUUAUAGAAAGUAUAAAUAGGAAUUUACAAAUGUUCUUGGAGCUAAUAACAUAAUUUAUAUUUAUUAUAAGGUUGGCUUAUUCCAAAUCAUGUGAUUUCACAUACUUGAUGUAAAGGAAUGCAUGCAUUGUGUCUUAACCCCUUAAGUGCCUUGAGACAUCUUUGUAUGUCUACUGAAAAGGCACUCAUUUGACCCCACUAGGAGGUAUGUGUGUAUAUUGUACAUUCUUACAUUUUUAUGCAUUUUGAGUAAGUUCACAUUUUAAAUAACAGCUUCUUGUAUUGAGAAUUAUGCAGUCAAAGAAGGGCAAGGAAAUUCUGUUUCUUGCUCAGCACUUGCAUUUUGCCAUAAGAAGCCAAGAGAAAAUUUGUGUUCUGUUGAGUGCGCGCUGUGCUGCUAUGGAAUUGUUCAGAAUCCAUACUUCCUUUGCUGAGGGACAGGGGUUACAGUUUAGCAGCUUAACUUUAAAAAUGCUUUAUUCUUCAAAUUUCAUAAGAUGGUACCCCUAACUUCAGAAGUAGUGUCUAACAUGCAUAUUAAAGAUAAACAUAUUGCUACUCUAAGCUAAAGUUAGAGUGCAGUUAAUUAGCUGUGAUUUACUCCUAUCCAUAACUCAAGUAUUAGCCUUCAGCACUCACUUCAGUUAAUAGCAAGCUUUCUUCACAUUGUUCUUUUCAUUUGGAUUCAAACAGGAAUUAAAUACUAUUGACUUAUUUCUAAAUGGAACCCCUCUGUAGUAAAAUGAGGGCAUUCUUGUCAUUUUUUUUAUAUACAACUAGAUGACUCCAUUUAUAUAUACUUAAGUUAUAAGCACGUUAAUAAGGAGACUUUGGACUGUCCAGCCUGAAUGAGGCUCUGAUUCCCAUUUAAGGAUAUGUAUAUUUUCUCUUUGGGUUUUUUGUUGUUGUUGUUUUUAAAUCUACAGAGAUAGAACUUUAAAAUUGCUCAGUUUAAUAUAAGUGAAAAUUUGUUCAAAUACUGAAAUGUUAUUUUACAUAAUUAUUUAAUAGGGAUGUGGUUAAAAUAGAUUCCUUUCCUAGUGGUUUCUCAAUAUUUAUGUAUAGUUUUGAUAAAGUUUAGCAUCCAGCAGUAGAUAUUUUGGAAUGCAAUUUAGUAUGACAGGAAAACUGUAUAUUUAAAAAUCUUUAGUAAAAUCUAGAUGAUGUCAUUUCACAUAUUCAAAUUCCAUAAUAAUAAAUUUCAGGAAAUUAAGCUCCUGAAUAUUAAUAGCCAAGAUACCAAAUAAAUGACAUAUUUAAAUAUUUUGUCUCUUUUAAAGAGAGAAGUAAACAUAACCUUUAUGUCAAAAAGAAUUCUCUUUAUCUGUUUCCUAAUUUCACAGUCAAGACAGUAUAAGAUCGUCAUAUUUGAACAUUCCAUUCUCUCCCAACAGACAAAUGUGAUUAGGCUGCUGUGUGAUAUGACAGAUUGCAAAGGAAAAUCAUGUUGGGGGGGUCUGCAUAUUAAAUAACUGUUUCAAAAGGCUGUUGUUUUAGCCUAAAUUUAAAAAUAAAGGCUGUUGUAACUGUACGAACAGAAUAUGAAAGCCAUGGUCAAAAAGAGAACAGUUGUGUAGCCAUUCACAGGCAGAUGCCAUGGUUCACUUGUUCACUGAUGUAGGGAUUUGUUUAUGACUCUGAGGUUAACUGUUAACUGCUGGCAAUGAGCACUGCUGCCUUUGUAAAUCAUUCAUGCCUGUCUUUAAAUGACAGUAGUAGAAGUGUGAACUCACGUUUAAAUUAUCAGACAUGAUCUUCUCAUCUAGGAGCUCUCCUCUAUCAGUAUUGUUGUGUGCAGAAAAGAUCCUUUUUUAAAGCAUGUUUAUUAGGAUCCACAAUUUUUUAAAUGCGUAUGCUACUUAAGCUUCCCUAUUUACCCACCAGAUAAGACUAUCCAUUACACCAGGAGUUUUUUAACCUGUUUAUCAAAUAAGUAAAUUUCUAGAAAUAAUGCUAGCUUUCAUACACUAAGUCAUUCUAAGCUCUAUCCAUAUCAAUGUAAUAUUGUGUGAUAAAAAAACAAAUUGUAUCUAAGCUACUCUCCUCCCCUUCACCACCGCUAAACCCAUACCCCUAUACACUAAAGAAAGAAUGCUUUUAUUCUGACAAAUAGAAAUCAAUAUUGAAGAACCAAGGGGCUCUUUUGUAAAUGCUGAGAAGUGUUGGUGAAAAACUUCCCUCUGAUUUAGAAUGAUUUUUCUUUGUUCAUUUCACGUGUUUUACUGAGCAUCUGAUUUGUGUUAGCACUGAAGAGACAGUGAGGAGAGGAAUAUGUUAGAAUAGACUUUACAUUCACAAGAACUGGUUGGAGUUUUUAAACCAAUGCAUCCAUUCAAAAUCAAGGCAAACAGUCUAAGAAAAUUUUCCUUUGUAUGGCCUACUAGGACACGUAGGAAGGGAAAUACUUUAUUAUUUUGAUUUUUUGUGAAAAUUGACAUCAAAUGCAUAAAGUAAGCCAUUAAGACCAUCCAUUGAAGGGUUCAGGUACUAAUAUAUACAUAUACAUAGAGAUACUUUAGCGUACUUACAUGUGCAUUUCAUAAAGGCUAAUGCCCACAGAGAGAAUGAACUCUUUUAACCAUGAUCGUUUAUCAUUUGUUGGUAUGUCUGAUGAAAUUAUCAGGUAUUUUGAGCAAAAGUCUCCAGGUCUCACUAGAAGUACUACAACUUAAGCGCUAUAAGGAAGUUGAAAGAUUUUAUCCAUUCUCUAUUUCCCUUAUUAUAUAGGCAAAGAAACAAACAGAAACAGAGGUCCAGCAAUGGUAAUUGAUUUAGCAGAAUCUAGUCUUCUACAAUCUAAUUUGUAUCAUUGAGAUUUCUAAUUCUCAAUAUAGUGUUCUCUAUAUUAUACUAGUACUGAAAUAAAUUGUAACCUGUGUGAACAGCAAAUGCUUGUGAAUUUUCACUAGGGAAGCAUACUCAGGCAGUGUUGUUUUCACUUCAUUACUAUGACAACCUUAGGCGGUGUCAUUUAAGUUAGAAAAUAAGUAGGCAUUAGAGCAAUCCUAAUUAGGACUCUGACUCAGUUGGCUAGUCAUGCUUCCCUGACAGCAUAGCUUUCGGAAGGUAGUUUGGCUGAUAAGCAUGCAGUAUGGAAACAUUCGGGACUGCAAGUAGAAAACUACUUUUAAAGCACUUAAAAUAUAGAACUAAGAUUCAGGACAUAUUCACUUAUAGUGAAAUAAUUUAUGUUCAUAAUGCAAACAUAUAAUAGGAUUAAAACAUUACUUGUUUU